UUUGCUUUCUUCCCCUACUUCUUCAGGGGGGCAACCUGUGGGGUCUGACACCUACAAAGGCUGGCUGUAUAAAUGGACUAACUACUUGAAGGGCUACCAACGCCGGUGGUUUGUCCUUAGCAACGGCCUUCUGUCAUAUUACAGGACUGCCGCUGACUGGAUGACGUUUGUUUGUCGCACACUGCCGUGCGUGAAAAGCACAGCGGCCGUUUCUGAGAUACUGGAAUCAGCGCGCAUGGCACCGACGAUCAUACCACGCUCUGUCGCUUAGGAAUGACUGUCAGCGCGUAUGACACUGCAUAUCUAUGUAGCAACCUACGAGACCCACCUAGGUCGUUACAUUUCUUUAUGAUGUAUAAGAUGUCUGACAUGUUUUAUCUGAUGCUUUUAGAACGUGUGGUCCUCUAAUUCAGUAACGACCUUCACAGUUCCCUAAAACCAGUUAAGAGGGCUGUCAGCCAGACUGUUAGGCACUCAUUGUGAGGUAUUUGUCAGAGGUGUGUGUAGACACACUUGGACAUCACCACUUUCCCCGGCUGCCCUACAGUGUUUGAUGGGAAUGCAUGACUGCUCUGCCAUGUGUGUUUAUGUCACUGAACUCUUGAGUACCAGCACAGAAUAAAGAGUUAAAUGCCCUGGCAUAACCAACGCAUGCACAUUGCACUGACAUGCACACACAAAUACACUGCCAAGCACUCACAUCGGCUAUGCUCAAGUAGGUGCAGGUGUAACAAACCAUGAGAUACUGUACUCUUAUGAAAUAUAAAUAAUUGCAUGUGUGUGUGGCUGGAUUUGUGUGGUGUGCAUGUGUGUGUGCCGUGUUGUGACAUUUCUGUCUGUAGAACUAGAUUUAGUCAGCAGACUCUUCCCUUGUCUCUGUGUGUGUACGUGUGUUGGUGUGUGUGCGUCUCUGUGCAUUAGGACUCAGGCAGAGAUGGCCCACACUUGCCGUGGCACCAUCUCCCUGACCACGGCACACAUUGAAGUGGGUGACGCGUGCCACCUGGUGCUAACCAGCGGAGGGCGGAGCUACCACCUGAAGGCCACCUCAGAUGGGGAGAGUCAGCGCUGGGUCUCUGCCCUCCAACAGGCUAAGGCCAACGCCAGUCACAUGAUGCACCAAUCAGAUGACUCUGGAGACGAGGCCCCAGUGCCCCAGCCUGACCGAGCCCUGACCCAGGGGGCUCUGAAGACCCUUGCCAGUAAGCUGGACGACCUGAGCACCUGCAACGAGCUAAUCGGCAAGCACGGCGCCGCCCUGCAGCGAUCCCUCAGCGAGCUCGAGGACCUGCGCACGGCCACUGACGGCACCGACAAACUCAAGACUGUCAACGAGCGUGCCACACUCUUCCGCAUCACCUCCAAUGCUAUGAUCAAUGCCUGUAGGGACUUCCUGGACGUAGCAGAGACACACAGCCGGAGGUGGCAGAGAGCCCUGCAGUAUGAGAGAGAACAGCGCCACCACCUGGAGGAGACUAUUGAACAGCUAGCCAAGCAGCACAACAGCCUGGAGAGGGCCUGGAGAGAGGCUCCCAGCACACACCCAGACGGAGGUGAGAGAACGCAGGAGGGUGACGCCAGUGAUGAGAAUGAAGACACAGAGUUCUUUGAUGCCAUGGAGGACUCCCCUGCCUUCAUCACAGUGACUGCCUCUGACCACACCCAGCACAGACGCUCCGGCAGUGACCAGAGUAUCAUGGGUGGAGGAUUACCCAAUAGUGAAUGGAGCCACAAUGAGAAUGACUCUGGCUCCAACAACGUCCAGCUGCGUAGAGUUAGACGGAGCCGCAUCCCAAACAAACCCAACUACUCCCUUAACCUGUGGAGCAUCAUGAAGAACUGCAUCGGCAAGGAGCUGUCCAAGAUUCCCAUGCCUGUAAACUUCAACGAGCCCCUGUCGAUGCUGCAGCGUCUAACUGAGGAUCUAGAGUACAGUGACCUGCUGGACCGGGCGUCUCGCUGCGAAUCGUCCCUGGAGCAGAUGUGCCUGGUGGCAGCCUUCUCUGUGUCCUCCUACUCCACCACCAUCCACCGCACUGCCAAGCCCUUCAACCCCCUGCUGGGGGAGACCUACGAGCUGGACCGGCUGGAUGACUUCGGCUACCGCUCCAUCUGCGAACAGGUCAGUCACCACCCCCCAGCCGCCGCCCACCAUGUGACGUCACAACGAGGCUGGACCCUGUGGCAGGAGAUUACUAUCGACAGCAAGUUCAGAGGGAAAUACAUCUCUGUAAUGCCAUUAGGCUGCAUCCACCUGCAGUUCCACUCCAGUGGGAAUCACUAUGUGUGGGGAAAAGUCACCUCCACAGUGCACAACAUCAUAGUGGGCAAACUGUGGAUUGACCAGUCUGGGGACAUUGAAAUAGUCAACCACAGGACCAAGGACACCUGCCACCUCAAGUUUGUCCCUUACAGUUAUUUCUCCAGAGACCUCUCACGCAAGGUGACAGGUGUGGUAGCAGAUAGCGAGGGCACGGCUCAUCACAUUAUGUCUGGUACCUGGGACGACAAGAUGGAGAGCGCCAAGAUAGUGGAGAGUAGCCGGGGAUGUGGAGGGUCAGAGGGCAAACAGAAGACCCUCUAUCAGACCCUCCAGCCCAAAGUGCUGUGGAAGAAAUACACUCUCCCGGAAAAUUCUGAGAACAUGCACUUCUUCUCCUCCCUGGCCCUGACACUGAACGAGCCUGAGGAGGGCGUGGCUCCGACUGACAGCCGCCUGAGGCCCGAUCAACGGCUGAUGGAGGCGGGGCUUUGGGACGAGGCCAACGCCCACAAACAGCGUCUGGAGGAACGACAAAGGCUGGAAAGGAGGAAGAGGGAGGCACAAGCAACACAGGUCCUGGAAGAAGGCCAAGACAUCGAGGGCUUCCAGCCACUGUGGUUUGAGAGGAGGACAGAUGAUUCAACGGGGGAGAGCACUUACGUGUACAGGGGUGGAUACUGGGAGGCCAAAGACAAACAGGACUGGAGCCAAUGCCCUGAGAUCUUCUAAGGCUACACCCCUGGGACUGUGACAUCACUGGAGGGCAGAGCUGAGGGACUGAUGGACAAGCAGAGGGAGGGGUCCACAUGCUGCAAACACAUUGACACGUGGCCAACUCUUUGUCCAUGUGUGUGUAUUUGUGUGUGUUCCAGAAAGACGGAGCCCUCCAUGCCAAACUUCAAGAACAUUCUCUGUCCCCAUCACUGACCAGUGUGUUUCGUGUGUGUGUGUGUGUGUGUGUGUGUGUGUGUGUGUGUGUGUGUGUGUGUGUGUGUGUGUGUGUGCGUGGCGCAACAGAGUAAGUUAGAGAGACAACCUAUUUGAGAUAUUUUGAUUAAGAGUUACAAAAUAGACCUAUUGCAUGGAAACCCAUAUUUAUUUGAGGUGGUAUGUCUAGUGGUGCCUGGUGCCCCAUUGAUCUGGUAAUAAGGUAAUAGCUACCGUAAGUGUAUAAUAUUAUAGAAUAAUAUUGGGACAAUUGAAUGGAUAAGUAGGGAGGAAAGGGGGGAAAGUGAAAGAGGUUGUGUUUUGGUUCUAGGAUGUCCUGUUCCAGUCUGAGCAACUAUCGCCAAUAUAUACCAAGGGUACAAAACAUUAGGAACACCUUCCUAAUAUUGAGUUGCACCACCUGCUGCCCUCAGAACAGCGUCAAUUCGUUGGGGCAUGGACUACAAUGUGUCAAGCGUUCCACAGGGAUGCUGGCUCAUGUUGAUUCCAAUGCUUCCCACAGUUGAGUCAAGUUGGCUGUAUGUCCUUUGGGUGGUGGACCAUUCUUGAUACACACAGGAAACUGUUAAGCAUGAAAAACCCAGCAGCUUUGCAGUUCUUGACACACGCAAACCGGUGUGACUGGCACCUACUACCAUACCCUGUUCAAAGAUGCUUACAUAUUUUGUCUUGCAUAAUCACCCUCUGAAUGGCACACAUACACAAACCGUGUCUCAAGGCUUGAAAAUCCUCCUUUAACCUGUCUCCUCUCUUCCAGCUACACUGAUUUGAAGCAGAUCUUUUUUAGGUGACAGCAAUAAGGGAUCAAAGCUUUCACCUGGAUGCCGUGUCAUGGAAAGAGCUGGUGUUCUUAAUGUUUUGAAUACUUUACAUAUCUAUAUGUAACUAUGCAUAUCUAUAUGUAACUAUGCAUAUCUAUAUGUAACUAUGCAUAUCUAUAUGUAACAUUGUGCAGUGCCAGUGUUUCCUUCCGUUGCAACAGCUAGGCACUCCCCAGAUUUGUAUUUCUGCAGUGCAUGAAAACACCCAUGUAGUGGACGCUGAUAUCACUGAAUACUUUUGAUCUGUACAGACCUCAUCUCAGAAACCAAGAACUAAAGUCUUUACCAGUUAUGUUACAUGCGUCUUUCCAUGAGCGAUUAGUACAGACCAAAAACUGUAGGGGAAUUUUGAGUAUGUAAGAAGCUACCGACGAUUAUGAUCAUUCGUAAACGAUAUUGAUUGUGUUCUAAUGUCUUGAUUUCUCAAAUGUUGAUGAGGGUGCAUUAUGAACAGACAAAAUGUUAAAUCUUAACAAAUGAUUCCACCCUGUGCAAUGAAAUGUUUCAAUGUCUUAUAUAUUUUUUUAAAUAUUAAGAAAUCGUCUGAAUUAUACUAUAGGAUGUGUAAUGUCGAGUUGCACAGUGCAAAGGAGGUGUGUACUCCAAUUAUUACACAUCUUUGUGUUUGACUGCAGGCAUUUAAACAUGCACCAUCAAUGAACUCAGACCAGUGUUGUGGCACCACUUGUAGCUAAUGCAUGGUUUAAUGUGCUCAUGCACUGCUGCCUAGUAUUAAUUAGGCAUUAGCCUCAAUAGUCGUUUCUAGACUUCACUCGCAGAAGAACAUUGUGUGAAUUCACCUCUUGUGCCCUAGGUCUUCGAAAAUUGACUUUUUUUGCUUGAACAAACAAAUUGUCUCAAUGUGGUCUUUGUAAACAUCCACAGUGUUAUCAGAGAUGGUCUAUAAUGUAGUAACCAGCUUUGGUGUCAUGCAGUUCUCAACUCAAGACAUAGAUGAAAAAUAAAUUAGACAAGUUGAAGACUUGGAGAUUUCCCCUGGGACAGUCGGUCUGAUCUGGGCUAGCCGGUCUGAUGGGGCUGCACACUCCACAUUACUCGUUUGACGUUAUCUUGAGCACACAUGUAUUCAAGGUACCACUCAAUAAAAGCAAUUCAAUCUAA